ACACCAUUUGCCAACAUGCAACUGUUGAUGCUCUCUCUGUUUGCUGCUACUGCGCUUGCAGCACCACAGGGAUAUAGGCUUCAAGAGCCAGACGUCCCUAAUUUCUCAGUGAAGAAAGGAACUGGACUUAAUGUAGGAUCCACCGAUGGCGUAUCGCUUGGCGUCUUCUCUGGCGCUGGCAAUGUAGAAAUCUCCCCUGGCACUGGUGUUUCUAGCCCCAUCACGAAUGCUGGAUUCUCUACCAAUAAUGACAGAACGAGCGGUAUUUCUUCCACUGAAUCUGAAGUUCCCUCUCAUACUGAACUCUUAAUUGGUAGUGACACUGACUGCCAGGAGGGAGAGGUCCGGCAUGUGGAUGGAUCAUGUGUAGUUCCCGAAAUCACAAGGAAGGUCUUCGUCUUCUCUGUUCCUAAGCAAGAACGAAAUCCCAUUGACUCUACCGUCGACCUCCCCCCGCCGAAAGUAGAACAUAAUAUCCUCUUUGUCCGCUUGCCUGAGGGAGGAGUUGGUCCUGAGCCCAUUGUCGUGCCUCCGCCAAGGCAAGAGAACAUCAUCUACGUCCUCAAUAAACAAGGCGAACUAGGCCAGCGCGUGAUCGAAGUACCAGCCCAUCCUCCUUCCGAGCCUGAGAUUUACUUUGUCAACUACGCAGAAGGAGAAAACCCAACUCUUCCCGGAGGACUGGAUCUCCAGACUGCUCUUGGUUCUGCCGCUGAUGCUACUGGUCAGCUUAUUGGAAAUUCUGCAGUUACUGGUAGUGACGCUGAAUUAGAUGCAACUACGCCGAACGAGCAGAUAGUCUCCCAGAUUGGAUCGGGACAUUUGAGUUCUGGAACAGAUAUCAGUGUGAACCAAAACGAGCCCAGUGAAAGCUUAAUUGCUGUACAAGUACAAGGGGGUUCUCAGAUAGGCUCUGGUGUAGUUGAUAUUGCUAACAGAGAAACCCCAGGUGGUCUGUAUUCCAUACCGUAAUUAAUUUAUUGAUAAACCUAUUGCAACAAAAAUGCCUGAUCGGUUACUGUAUUAUUUCAUUUAAUAACGAUAAGAAAAUAAAGAGCUGA